AUGGAGUCAGAAAAGAAAAAAACAUUCCAAAUCAAAGCUAAGGUACCAUGUGUGAAGGGGUUCAUUGCAUUCAGAGAUGGGUUGACUAAUAUCCGUCGAGACGCAUUCACACUCAAAUAUGGGAAGAUUCUACAAUUGUUGUCUGUACUAGUACAGAAGGAUGCUAUUACCGCACUAGCCCAGUUUUAUGAUCCACCACUCAGAAGUUUCCUCUUUAGAGAUUUCCAGUUAGCCCCGACUUUGGAAGAAUUCGGAAGAAUAUUGGACUCUUCUAAGCAGAAGAAGGGACCAUUCAAGGGGUUAGGUCAAAUCCCUAAACCCGAAGAGUUGGCAGAAGUAUUAGACAACCCAGUCAAAGAUCUAACCCCUAACAUCAAAAUUUGGGGGAAGGUACAAGGAAUUCCACAAGAGUACCUAGAGAAAACUGCUCAAAGCUUUGCUGAAGCCCAGAAGUGGGAAGCCCAUGAUACUAUUAUGGCUUUACUUAUUUUUGGAUUGGUGUUAUUUCCUAAUAUGGAGAAGUUAAUUGAUGCAGCAGUUAUCAACGUGUUUUGGGCCGUCAAGGUUAAGAAUGAAGAUCCAGUGCUCGCACUCCUAGCAGAUGUUUAUCACACCUUGCACUUACGCUUUGAGAAGAAGGGAGGACUGAUGUUAUGUUGCAUACCACUCCUUUACCAAUGGUUUGUCUCUCAUGUGUUCAAAGAGAUUGAUACAAUUGAAAGUAUGGAUGGAUAUGAGUGGUCUCAAAAGCUAGUAGGACUCACUGAAAAUACCAUUAUUUGGUAUCCUCAUGGUUUGAAUGUGGAAGAUACAAUUACUAGUUGUGGAGAAUUUUCGAAUGUAACAUUAAUAGGGUCAAAAGGGUGCAUUAACUACAACCCUAUUUUAGCAGUGAGGCAGUUGGGUUAUCCUAUCACAUACAAGCCGGAUGACCAGUUGUUAGAAGGUUUUGUGUUCCAUGAUAUGGAGGAUCUCGUUAUGCUGAGAAGGGUUAUCCGAGCCUGGGAAAAAGUUCGCUUCAGAGGACAAGACAAAGGAAAGGGUGUCAUAGGGGAUAGAGAACCCUAUUAUCAAUGGGUCACCAGAAGAAGUCAAGAGAUCAAGCUGCCAUUCAUCCUCGAUCCUCCAACUCAAGCUCCACCACCAGAACCCAUCCCUGUCUCCAUGGAAGAAGUGGAAGCGUUGAAAGCUACUAUAGAAAGACUUGGACGAGAAAAUGAAGAGUUAUAG